AUGGCUUCACGCCCUGGCACCAAGAAAGAACUGGAUCCCGAAGAGCUAAUGAGAAGAAAGUUUCGCGCAAAAUGUCUAUUUCGAGCUUUAGGUCGCUUAGUGAUGGCUAAUGCAUAUUGGUUGAUUGAAGGAGUUGAUCAUUACGAAGGUAUAGAUGAUGUCAGACGGAGAGUAGAACAGGCAGUUCGAGGAAAGGCUAAGAAAAAACAAUUACUUAGUAUUAAUGACAAAGCGUUAUUAAAUAAACCAGCAGAAGAAAGAACUGACAAUGAGAAAAAAUAUAUAUUUCGUAUUAUUGGUGGGCUUAAAUGUUUCAAACGAUAUCCUAAUCAUGUCAAAAAGAAACUGGCUGCGGUAACCUAUUUCAAGUACUACGGUCCAGGCCGUACGAUUGUACGUCAACAUCAUGAGGCACACGCUCUUUAUUUCAUUAUAACUGGCGACGUGACCGUCAGUCAGUUGAUUUACGACGAGCUGUUGCAACAGCACGUGUCAGUAGAUGUGGGGGUGAUGCACCCAGGGGAUAUGUUCGGCGAAGUGUCCUUACUGCACAAUAUUCCAAGAACGGCCACCUGUACUACGAACGACCAUUGUGAGUUACUGGUACUUAUGAAGGAAGACUUCAAGAAUGUUCUUCAAGCUUCAAUACAGAAGCAAUGGGAUGAAGUACGACGUGCUAUGUUGGCUUUUACAUACUUCGAUGCACUUGAUGAGGUAGCUCGUCGGGAAGGUUGCAUAGUUGCCAAGAUGAAAUCCUACGAACCGAAUGAAACGCUUCUAGGCGACGGCGUCGGCGUUGCUAAUUUUGUCUACUUUAUUCUAUCAGGACGAUGUCAGAUGAUUGAAUCUCUACAAGUGAUUGUCACAACUCGUCUGGGAAAAAAUUACUAUACUUUAUAUGAUCCUUAUGUGCCAAAAGAGGAGAGCGAGCAAGAUUUUGAUACAAAAUAUUUUGGUGCAUAUAAAAAUUUAAGUAAGGUCGGACGUGAAUCUGAGGACACUGGAGAUGGUAAAGAACAAAGAGAAUAUGUUGAAGGAACUAGUUCAAAAAAAGAUUCUGCGAAAAGUAUCAAGCUACCUAGUUCUUUGAAAAGGCAAAAAUCUUCGGGUACUGUGAAAUCAGAGAAUGUAAAAGUAAAAAGUGAAGUAGAAACCAGCCGGGUCAGUAAGGGAAGCGUUGAUUUUGAAGUUCUUGAUACAUCUACAUCGCAAGAGCUAUUACGACCAUCUUUUCAUAAGGAACAACGGGAAUCGGUGAGGCUCAGUAUCAUUCCUCAAGUAUUUGGAGAGAAUGUUGGUAAGCCAUUGCCGACACAAAACCUUCGAACUUAUUUCAUGCAGGUCUGUCAACUAAAUCCCGGUUCUAGUUUUGGUUUUGGAGAGAACAUGCGUGAUCGUCGUAUAGUAGCUCUGACACCUGUGAAUUGUAUGCUUCUACCGAAAAUAUGGCUUCUGCAACGAAAUACGGCAAAUAUUUGGACAAGAAUUCAACAUUAUUUAGAAAAGAAGAUACCAACAAAGAAGCAACUUUUCAAAGAAUUCGUUUCUGCUAGAAGGUGGCAAGAGUUUCGAGAUCAACUCGUAGAGGACGUCGUUUCCCGCUCCAAUACCGUGAACUUUACAUCGGUACAUGACGUUCCAUAUUCGAUACGUAUGGAGGAAAUGCUUGACAUUUAAAUUUGUUAAAAUAUUUAGUAAAUAAUUUAUCAUAAA